GACACGCCGACAUUACAACAACAACAGUCGAGCAGUACGGUGUUGUUAGUUUCGGCGUAGUUUUGUCUUAAAUCUCAGUGAAUUAUGGAGAAUUUACGAGAACAAGUGAUGAUAAACCAAUUUGUGAUGGCUGCUGGAUGUGCCAGGGAACAAGCGAAGCAGUUAUUACAAUCAACACAAUGGCAAUUUGAGAGGGCACUAAGUCUGUUCUUCCAAGAAGCUGCAAUUAAUCAGGGAUAUCAUAAUCAUCACCAUCAG